AAAGCGAGGUGGGGAAACGACCAGAUCUGAUGCUUUCUCUCUUUUGUGCUGGCCGCUGGAGAUGAGCCUAGGCUUGACCUGACCAUGAUUCCAAGGACUGGCACUUCUUUUUUACCCCCAGUUUGUAGAGAUCCAGACCUUCUCUUCCUGAUUGUCAAGAAAAUUAAAUUACUGCUGAAUUUGGGAAUCUAGGCAGCACCAGCUUACUUUUUCUCUGCAUCUCUCUGGAAUUGUUUCUGGGAUAUUUUCCAAAUCAUCACAGAAAGCAGGAGGAAUGAACCGGCAGCUAGUGAAAAUUUUGACAACCUUGUUUGCAUUUUUCUUAGAGACAAACCACUUCAGGACGACUUUCUGUAAAGAACAUGAUUCAAGAUCUGGAAAAUCCCCCUCACAGACCCUGUCUCCUUCAGAUUUUUUGGACAAAUUGAUGGGAAGGACAUCGGGAUAUGAUGCUAGAAUCAGACCAAAUUUUAAAGGUCCUCCAGUAAACGUUACUUGCAAUAUUUUUAUCAACAGUUUUGGAUCAGUCACAGAAACCACAAUGGACUACAGAGUGAACAUUUUUUUGAGACAGCAGUGGAAUGACUCACGUCUGGCUUACAGCGAAUAUCCUGAUGAUUCCCUGGAUUUGGAUCCCUCUAUGCUGGACUCUAUUUGGAAGCCAGAUUUAUUCUUUGCCAAUGAGAAGGGAGCAAACUUUCAUGAUGUCACGACAGACAACAAGUUGCUGAGGAUUUCUAAAACUGGGAAAGUGUUGUACAGUAUCAG